AUGAAUAACGAGUACGACUAUUUGUUCAAGUUAUUAUUAAUCGGAGAUUCAGGUGUUGGGAAAUCGUGUUUGUUAUUGAGAUUUGCUGACGACACAUAUACACCUGACUAUAUCUCAACAAUCGGAGUCGAUUUCAAAAUCAGAACUAUAGAGUUAGAUGGCAAGACAAUCAAAUUACAGAUCUGGGAUACUGCAGGUCAAGAGCGUUUUAGAACAAUCACUUCUUCAUAUUACCGUGGUGCACAUGGUAUCAUUAUUGUAUACGAUGUUACCGAUCAAGAAAGUUUCAAUAAUGUGAAACAGUGGUUACAGGAAAUCGAUCGUUAUGCUACUGGCGGUGUAAUGAAACUAUUGGUUGGAAACAAGGCUGAUUUGGCUGAUAAGAAGAUUGUUGAGUAUACCGCAGCAAAGGAAUUUGCCGAUGCAUUAGACAUUCCCUUUUUAGAAACGUCGGCAUUGAGUUCUACAAACGUUGAGCAAGCUUUCUAUACAAUGGCAAGACAGAUUAAAGCACAAAUGACAAAUAAUGCAAAUGUGGGCAAUGCUGGCGGAAACAAGGGCAAGAGUAAUGUCAAUUUAAGAGGAGAAUCGUUGACCUCAAACCAGUCUAGUUCAUGUUGUUAA